UGGAAAACGACACCGGCGGAAGUGAGUGAGUUUGUGUUUGGAAUGCGAUGUUGCUGCCGGUCACAUGGCGCUUUUCUUCCUAAAGUUUUGCGCCCCGGCCGAUAAAGAUGAGUGGUGGUUCAAAUCAGAGAACUUUGCUCCAGACCUGGGGGGCGUCCGUGUCCCAGAACAAAGCGGUCCAGUCGGGGAAGAAUGUUAGAAAGGCCCCCGGAGCGUCCAGGACAGCCCCAAGCAGCAGCACAGCUCAGGUAGCUCCAACACACCCUCUUCCUCCUCCUCCUCCUCAGAGGACUCCAUGGACAGAAAUCGGCCAGAACAGCACACAUGCAGCAGAGAGACAAGCCGGGGCAGAAUACGUCAUCCCCGAAGAUGAUGAUGACGACGAUGACGUAAUGGUGGUAGCUGUCUAUGAAGCAGAAAGGAGACUCCAGCUUGGGGAUGCUGACAGCUUUCAAAACAACCAUGACACGGGGCAAAGCGUGGCGCCCCUCUCUACACCACGCUGUGGGAGGAUCUACCCAGAUUUCCCAGGCUUUGACAGCUCUUCAGCUGAGGUGUGGAUCUAUCCCACCAACUAUCCCAUCAGGGAGUACCAGCUGAAGAUUUCAGAGGCUGCCCUCUUCCAGAACACCCUGGUGUGUCUCCCCACCGGUCUGGGGAAGACCUUCAUCGCCGCCGUGGUUAUGUACAACUUCUACCGCUGGUAUCCAGCCGGAAAGAUCGUGUUCAUGGCUCCCACCAAGCCUCUGGUGGCCCAGCAGAUCGAGGCCUGCUACAAGGUGAUGGGGAUCCCCCAGGAACACAUGGCCGAGCUGACAGGGAGCACAGCGGCCAAGCAGAGGCAGGAGGUGUGGAGGGCCAAGCGCGUCUUCUUCCUCACCCCUCAGGUCAUGGUGAAUGAUCUUUCGAGAGACACCUGUCCGGCAAGGCAGAUCAAGUGUGUGGUGAUCGAUGAGGCUCACAAGGCGUCGGGCAACCACGCCUACUGUCAGGUGAUCAGACAGCUGAUUAGCCAGACCCUGCGGUUCCGCGUCCUGGCUCUCAGUGCCACUCCAGGAGGAGAUACAAAGUCGGUUCAGGCCGUGAUCUCCAAUUUGCUAAUUUCACACAUUGAGCUGCGUUCGGAGGAGAGCCCGGACAUCCAGGCUCAUUCCCACCAACGGAGUGUGGAGAAAGUGGUGGUUCCUCUGGGUGAGAAGCUUUCGGCUUACCAGGCACGCUACAUUCAGGUUCUGGAAAAGUUCAUGUCCCGUCUGGUUCAGAACCGAGUGAUGGCCCACAAGGACCUGCGGACGCUCAGCAAGUACCAGCUCAUUCUGGCCAGGGAUCAGUUCCGCAAGAACCCGGCUCCGCACAUCAAGGGAUCUCAUCAGGGGGUGCUGGAGGGCGACUUUGCCCUCUGCAUCAGCCUGUACCACGGCUACGAGCUGCUGAUGCAGAUGGGUCUCCGGUCGCUUUUCUUUUACAUCCAGGGAAUCAUGGACGGAUCCAGAGAGAUGUCCAGGGCAAAGAAUGAAUUGCAGAGGACGCCAACCUUCAUGGACCUGUACCGCGAGAUGGAGACAAUGUUCCUGAAGCCACCAGAUGGUCCAGAUGAGCCGUUCGUUUACAGCCAUCCUAAACUGGAGAAACUGGAGGAGGUGGUGUUGCAGCACUUCAACGUGUGGGCUGAAAGCUCAGCAGACACAAAUGACGGCGUGAGCACACGUGUGAUGAUCUUUUCGUCUUUCCGGGAGAGCGUCCAGGAGAUCGCCGGUAUGCUGAACCGGCACGCUCCGCUGAUAAGGGUGAUGACGUUCAUGGGCCAGGCCUCCGCUGGGAAGGGCGUCAAAGGCUUCACCCAAAAGGAACAACUGGAGGUGGUCCACAGGUUCCGGCAGGGGGGCUUUAACACGCUGGUGUCCACCUGCGUGGGGGAGGAAGGGCUGGACAUCGGCGAGGUGGACCUCAUCGUGUGCUUCGACGCACAGAAGAACCCCACCCGCCUCGUGCAGCGAAUGGGACGUACGGGACGUAAGCGGCAGGGACGCAUCGUCAUCAUCCUCGCAGAGGGACGGGAGGAGAGGACCUACAAUCAGAGUCAGAGCAACAAGCGCAGCGUGUACAAGUCCAUCACCGGCAACAGGUCCGGCUUCCGCAUGUAUCCCAGCAGCCCCCGCAUGCUGCCCGACGGGGUGAACCCCCAACUGCAUAAGAUGUACAUCACCUGUGGCCAGUUUGACCACGGGGGGGGCAGCAGGAGGUCGGUGAGGGGGCGGCGGUCCCACGCUGAGGGACGGCCUUCACUCAUCCACCCUCAGAACAUGAUUCAACAGGAAAGGCCGAGGUCUGACGGCCUUUUGAGCCGAACAGAGUAUUCUCUGUGGGCGUCCGCCAUGAAGCUGGGAGAAGACGAGGCUCAUCCCACCCUGAAGCCGUCCCGCUUCCUGUCCGUCCCCGGCGACUCGCCGCCUCAGGGGGAGAGUUCAAGGGACAGACCUCCGUCCAGGGAGCUGUCUUUGUGGGAAUGGAGACACUGGCAGCAUAAGCCGCUUCCUGUCCACGCGGUGGACCAUUCCCUGCGCUGCCACCACUUCGUUAAGGUGAUGGAGCUCAUAGAUGGCAUGAGAGAUGAGAGCGAGGGGGAUUGUCGCUACGAAGAGCAGCUUUUACCGUACCUCCACACAGACGGCGCGGACAAAAAGAGGCAGAAGAAGCCAAAAGUCCCAAAGACCUCCACAAAAAGCUCUGAGAGGAAACCUGAAGCAUGUCGCUCGUCCCGGUCUGAGCUGCGGUACGUCGAUGAGGACGCAGAGGCGGAGGAUGUGACGCUAGCCGAGUUGGGUUCUGCAGCGGUCCUGGAGAGACGAAGGAUCCCAGAAGAACCUCCUGGAGAUGAUCUGCGACCUCAGAGAGACGAUCCUCCGUCACGCAACUCUGCCGACGACGACUUGGCCGACGUUAGCAGAACAGAACCGGACCGAACCCUCGGAGAUCCCGCAAACCCAGACGAGGUUUCUGAACUUAACGCUAGAGAUGAGGAAGAUGUCGCUAGAGAUGAGGAAGAUGUCGACCUCCAGGGGAUGUUCUACCUUCCUGAAACCUGUUCGGCUCGGCUGACGUUCUCCGACAAACCCGGAGGAGGCGAGCGUCUGCAGGCCAUCCUAGCCAACGUCGCCGAACUUCUCUCUCGGUCUCCACCUUCACCGGAGAACAUUUUCUUCCAGACGGGAACUUCUCCUCCACCUUCGCCUCCGCCGCCUCUUCGGGCUUUCCCCGUCAGCUUCAGCUUGGAAGCAGACGACGAUGAUGAUGACGAUGAUGAUGAUGAUAUCUCAGCUCCUGACGCAGACCCGGGUGAACCGGCGGUGGCAGAAGUUAGCGGUGAGGACAGGAAGCCCGAUAGUCCCACCUGGGAGGAGGUUUUCGAGGACGAAGACGUCCGUUGUGAAAAUAUCAGAAGCGACGAGAAGGAAACGGAUUCUAGAAGCGGAGAUGAAGCGAAGGAGCGUGGUUGCGUGGGAAAUGCGGUCUGGGACGGCAUAGCGGCCGAUCCAGAUCCACUGGUAGGGGGUGGCGCCGGUGCGACGGACGACGAAGACGUCUCCAACGGCGUCCAGAUGGACGAGAGCAUGGACUUGUUCGAAGACGACGAGGCCUUCUUGCAGAUGACCAUUCCAGACGUUCCUACUCCUGAGGACAGCGUCCUCCGUGCUGAAACGUUAAACGCAGUAAAAACGAGCCAACCAGCGGACGCGGACGACAAAACUCCCACCUCAGACGCAGAGCCAGAGGUUCGCGGCGUGACAGACGGAGAACCUCCGUCACCAACGGCGGCGGAUCCGUCCUGUUCUCCGUCUUCUCUGGUGCCAGAAAGUCCUGAGCCACCGGACCGCUCUCUUGAUUUGUUCUCCGUCAACUUCGAUCUCGGCUAUUCGCUGGAGGAGUCCGAGGAUGAAGCAGAAGCUCCACCUGCGUCUCCUUCACCUGAACGUCCAGCCGGACCUUUUCCAGCCAUUUCUAAUUCCUCUACUCCUCGUGUCGGCGCUGCAGGACUCCUCGGACAGUCCAGGUUGUCUGAGCGUCCCGGCUCAUCGCUGGGAGCCAGACGGACGCUCCUGUCCGGGUCUGAUGGACCCGCCUCCGCCAGGCGGAGACGAGAGGAAGGCGGCCUCACGGCGACCAGCCCCGGGAAAAGCUCAGCUCACCCGGGAGACUCGUCUCCUCAUCCAGCGGAGCGUUUCAGUGACAGCGACGAGGAAGUUGUGCAUCGCAAAAGAAGACAUCACAAGGUCAACCCCUUGUCCUCCCCUGAAGUGUCCAAGAUCCUGAGUGACGUGGACUCUCCGGUGGCGGUGAAGAAGAAACGUGCUUCUGUGCUGGACACGACCGACGAAACCCAAGCCGGAGCGUUUUCUGAUGAUGAUGAUGAUGAUUUCCGGAACGACUCCGCGUUCCCGCGCAGAAAAUCGCCGCCUGGAGUCCAGCAGCCCAAAAACAAGAAGGCCAUCAGUCAGAAAGCCCGUCAGUUUCUGGUCGAAGAGGCGGAGCUGUCGGAGGACGAGGAGGGAGCGGCGGUCUCAUCCGACGAGGAAGAUGGCGCGGACCUGGACGGGUCUCUUGAAGGCUUCGUUGUGGACAACACGCACCUGUCCCAGGGGCUGAACGACUCGGAGAUGCAGGGAGUUUACCUGAAGUCCGUGAGAAGCCCCGCCGUCCGGGGCAAAUUCAGAAUGUCCUACAAAGCCCGGCCCGACGUGGACGUCUUUUCUCAGGUGCCUGAGCUGGACGAGACGUACGCGGAGGACAGCUUCGUGGUCGGCAGCGAUGAAGAGGAGCCGGAGAGUCACGAGGAAGAGCCCGAGGAGGUGGAACUUCUGCCGGAGGCGUCGUAUGUGGACGGGAGACGGCAGUACGCCACCAGGCGGCGGGUUUUUCUGCACAGAGCCAGGGCGGGAACCAGAACCGAAACCGGAACUCGGUCCGCCGACGAACAGAGAGCCAGAAGCAAGCGCUCCCGGCUCCUUCGCCUCAACGAUUCCAGCGAGGAGGACACGGAGGAAGGGACAGAGAGGAGUACCGUCACAGGUGGGAGUGUCGUCCCUCCGCAGGCAAACAGGCCGCCUCCAGAUCCCAGCGGGCCGACACGCAGGCCUGCCGCCGCCACUACAAACAUGGCCGCCGCUGCAAACAUGGCCGCCGAGGUGUCCCUGCUGAGCGAAGGACAGAGGAGCUCACUGAGCGCCAGGUGUCGUCAGAAGUUGGAGAAUCAACAUCUUCUCUCUGACGAGCUUGACUUCGCAGAGCCAGAGUCGAGUGCAAACCCGGUGAAAGAAGCCCAGGGACUCGCUUCCACGUCAGCGGCGCCUCCGCCCGGGUCCGUCUGCGUCCUGGUGGACAGCCGCUGCAUCAGCGGCGGCGUGGAGCUGGUGACGAGCCUGCGUCAGCGGCACGGGGCCCGCGUCCACGUCUGCUCGCUGGACGCCAGCUACUUCAUCGUCAGCAACCGGAUGGCCGUGGACCGGUGGAGCCAGUCGGAUUUGGCGUCGAUGCAGAACCGCCGGCGGCUGGUGGAGAGGCUGAACAACCUGCAGAGGCUGUUUGAGCGCGUGUGUCUGGUGGUGGAGACGGAUCGGUGCAGGCAGGCGCACGCGUUACUAUUACAACACUUUGGCGGCUCUGGUCGACGCGGGGAUACGCCUGCUGUGGAGCGACGGCGCCGAGCAGAGCGCCGCCCUGCUGGCGGACCUGGCGAAGCUGGAGCAUCGGAAAGGUCAGGGCGUGGCCGUGCCGCUGGAGGUCAAGGGUCAGCGGCGGCAGCAGGCCCUGCAGCUCUACCUGAGCCUGCCGUCGGUCAGCCACGUCCACGCGCUCAACCUGCUCCACAACUUCAGCUCCAUCGGCCAGCUGAUCGACAGCUCCGUGGAGGGCAUCCAGAGAGGAGGCUGCAUGAGCCGAACCCGAGCCGAGGGGAUCUACCGCUUCCUGCGCUACUCCUGCGACCCGUCCUUCCUGGCCAAGACGUCGACGGCUGGGAAACCCAAGUAGAACCGAGACGGAGACGCCAGAACCGAGAAACAUUCCCCACAGAAACCAGCUUCCAUUUACGACCAAAAAUAGAGGCUCAAAAGUGCAACAAUUCAAUUAAGUCUGUAAAUAAAUAUUUGAGUAAAAUUGUGAAUGUGUGUUGAAUAAAUGUAAAUGCUUCUUUAAUUUGAAAAUGGCU